AGUGUGUGACGUCAGAGUCCAGGAAUGGGACUGAUGAAGCGGUGUUUGUGAAGCACUUGGGAGGUUGGAGAGUUGCCAUGACAGAACCAGCAUUUGCAGCACCUUCUGAUUUGAUAGAUUCCGGUCCAGCGCCUUGUGACCUAGGUUUCAUGGAGGUUAUCGGUCAGAAAAUGAGAAUUCCUAAUAGACUAAAAGUGACUGAGGAGCAAGGGGAUGAAGAAAAAGUAGAAGAUAUUCAGCAAUCAGCACUGCAGAUGCAGAUUCCUGAAAGAAUAUCGAUGGGAGAAACAGAAAUGCAGGAUAUUGGUGCAAGACCAUACUUAUAUGGUUGGUUCCACAAUAACCCAUCAAUAACAGAUCCUCCACCACUCAGCAUCUCUCCUAACUUAAUGUUUGGACCAGCCCAUGCUUUGAGUGUGGACCGAUCCGAGAGUCCACUGCAGAUGGCUACCUCCCAACAUUCUAGUAGAUCACGAACAUUAAGUGAGAAUGAAAUUUGUCUUUCGAGUGUGUCCAGGCGGCAGAGGAAUUUGAUUGAUCACUCCAGUGGUCCAAAACAUCCCUUCCCUUCACCUGGACCUGGCCAGACAUCCUUUUCAGUUCCUAAUGUGUGCAAUGUGUUAAUUUAUGUUGGACACAAACUGUCAAGAUACUUAGUGGAAACAGUCAAUCAGAAAAUGUGGAGAAGGAGUCGGUUCCAUAACCAGUCCCUUUCUGGCAGCCUGUAUUCGGAUGGGACCAAUCAAGCAAGGAAUCAAAGCAUGACCCAUGAGUACACAAUACCCGAGGGAGCCCUUGAAAAUUUCAGCGUAAUGGAAAUUGUAACACUCCGGCGUCAGUUGAACAAGUUGAAUCGGCGCCUACAAUUAUUGGAACAGGAGAGUCGGGACCAUGCUCGAAAGGAAUUUGUCCUCUAUUCCAUCAUCAUUGCAGCUUGUUUUGUGAACAGUUGGCUCUGGCUAAGGAAAUAAAUUUGUUCUAACUGCACAUGUAGAGUUGGAAAAGUGCAACAAUCUGACAAGAGUGAGACCACCUUCCAAAUGCAGACUGGCAGGCAUUAUUUUUUUGUGAAGCAAUCUGUAUCAUUACUGAAAUACAAGGGAAUGAUGUCCUUUAGAACAGUUUGCUAACAUCAUUUUAAUAGCACUGUGAUGUGAGUUUGGGAGAACUUAUAUUGUAAGUGUUACAGUGUAAUGCAUUCAAAACCUAAUUGAUUACUUUAAGACUAACUUAAGUUUUUUCUUUAAUUUACACCACAUGGGAAAUCCUAAGAGACUGCUAAUCCAAACUCUACUGCAAUUAUAGGGAUUUUGAAGAAUUUUAUCCACAAACAUUUGAGUUAAGUUGAUGAACCAGCAAGUUCGAAAAAAGAUAGCUUCUGGUGGUAAGCAAGAUUCCUUCCAUGCUUUUUCCCCUCACUAGCAACAGCCUAUGCUAUUUGUUUAUAGGAUGUGAGCAUCACUGGUAAGGCCUGCAUUUAUUGCCCAUCUCUAAUUGCCCUUGAGAAUUUGUACAGACAUGUUAAGAUUUGACUGUCCUUUUUAUUUCUCCCUUCCUUUUCAAUGGAAAUGUGCCUGGUUUCUGCUUGAUAUCUCCUCAAAAUGAUUCAAGUACAUGUGUUACAUUUGUCAGUAGAAAGUCACAGGCAAGUGUGAUAUAAUCAUGUUAUACCUGAAUUGCUAUUCCAGAUGUCACAUCUCUUUAUUUUGGAACUGUAGUAGCAGGGAGUUAUAUGCCUGCCCUGUGGUUGAGGAUGACACAUUGCAUGCAAAUACCAAAGUUGCAUAUUAACUUAAUGUGAUAUUUUAUUAAUCCAUUUGAAGAUAUCUGGUCCAAUACUCACUUGUAUUCUUGCUUUGUCAGCAGAUAUAUUUUAAAUAAUAUACUUUUAGUCUACAUACUGCAUGAGAUAUAUUUUAAAUAAUAUACUUUUACUCUACAUACUGCAUGAGACACAACCAUCUAAUGUGCUGUAGCCAGAAAAAUCAAAAUUCUCAGUAACCCAGGGCUGCUAUUUGGAUUUCUGAGUUUAAAAUAUUAGAAACAGAAUGCUACCCUUUUAUUAUGAUAAGAAAAGACUGAUUUUUAAAUUAAUAUGUGCUUGAUAAUUGUAGUUUAAAAUCUGUGUUGAAGAAUAGAAACAUUAAAAGCAGUGUGCUUGAGAGACAUUAUAAAUGCAGUAUGCUGUUGAAUUAAAGCUGUUUCCAUUGAUAGUGAAUUGUGCACGAUGUAACAGUAUGAGAAUCAAGUCAUCUAGUUGGACAGCUUAAAUGUGCAUAUUUAGUCAACAGUCAGUACCUAAAAGUGUAACUCUAUGCUAGGAUAGUAGGUCUAGCAGGAUUUCAGUUUGAAAUAGGAGAAGCUUCUCUUCCGAUAGACAGUACAUAGUGCAAUGUUAAAGUGAGUCCUACAAAUUGGGAGAUGUGAGCUGAUGUUGGCCAAAGAACAAUUUGGGACAGAUCGAAACAAUUCCAAUGUAAUGCAAUAGAGAAAGAUCCUGGUGACAAGUGUUCACCCUAAGGCUAUGUAUUGUGAGUAAUGAAUAGGUCAAGAUAAGGCAAGCUAAUUGAGGAUUUUUUUUGAAUAAAUGAAUGCCUAUUCCUGUAUAUGCUCCAAAUAUAAACAAACAAUUUCCUUUUAUCCUAAACUGAUGGGAGUUGUUGGUCCCUCUGUCAGUGCAAUGGCAGUUGGCCAUUCCUCCGAGUUCAAACCUCAAGGUUUUUUUUAACUUAACUCUACUAAACCACCCAAGUCUUGAUAAUCUAAAUACAGGUCUGUAUUACCUGGUAUUUUUAUAUUUUUCCCCUUCUUAAAAACAAAUGUAUUUUUAAAAAUGUAAACAAUGCUUAUAAUAUUCUCUUCCAGUGCAAUGGCAGAGUGAGAAUUUUUCAUGAAGGAAUCUAUCCUUUCAAUUCCAUUUAAAAAUGAGAUUUUUAAAAAAAAAACCUGGAUUUAAGUACAUGUUUAAAAUCCGAGAGAAGGUAAGCGGAAACCUAAAAGCUGUGUGUCUGUAGGACAGUAUAAACACCAUGAGAUGUGUAUGUUGUGAAGUCAAAUCUGUGUGCAGGAAUACUGAAUUGUGUAGUGAUUUAACAGAUUAGCAGUUGUAUUAGAAUCUGGCCAUCCUGUUGACUGCUUCAUUUUGCACUUUAUGGAAUGGAAAUGAACAUUGAAAUCUGUUACUGUCGUGUCUACAUGUAUUUAUGUAUAUAAUAUUUAAAUAUAUACCCGGUAUAGGCUCUCACACCUGAAA